UCUUUUAUUCUCUCGUUUAAAUUCCCUUUUUUCGUUCUCGUGUUAAUAACCCCGUUACCGAGUUUCCAAUGUCCCAAGACUCUCGUCUUCGAUUCCUAAUAUUUUUUUCCGCGUUAUUCGCUUUUGUUUAAGCGGCGUCGGGCUCCGCGGACGUGUCGUGUAAACAACCUCGCGUUCCUCGUAGUUCCUCCCGAAAUUCUCAUUGUUUCUAAUAAAAAUUCGUACUUCCCGUGUACGAUAAUACUCGCGUGAGAUCGUUAUACGAUUAAUGCCGUGAAAUUAAAUUCUCGAAUAAAACAAGAACGUGACCAAUUUGUGAAUAAUAAAACGUACAAAAUCCGUGGAUAACAGAAUUCGUGAAAAAUCGUGAUAUACACUCGAGGUCGUGAUGAAUUGUUUGAUUGAAAAAAAAAAACCUCGGAACAGUUUUGGGCUCCACUUGCGAUUUGUUUUGUGUCGUGCGUCGAAGAGAUAUCAAAUCGUUUUUAUUUUUCGUUCCUAUAAAGAACGUCACUCAACUGUCGAACAGAUUGAAACAGCUCGGGCGGAAAUGGCUGUCAAAAUACAAGCGUGACAUAAACUUCGUAUCCGAGAAUGUCAUCGCGUUACAAUAUGAACAAAUCGAAAGACGUUUGAUGCAUGCAUGUUUUCUCGAUACCGCGUGACGAGCUCCCGUGUGUCUCUGAGCGAAGCUAAAUCGUGUUAUGUCUGUACCAAGUGAGUUAGAUUUAAGCGAGCAAAUUCGUCGUGCAUACGCCCAUUUCCGGGAAGCGGAAGCCUCAGCGGUAGAGUCUCCAAAGCCGACGAAUAUUAUUCACGAUAAUAAUUCGUGGAUAAUAUUGGUGUUGACGGUAAUAUCGAGAAUCGGCUUUUUUCUCGUCCAAAUUGGCAGUGUACCAGUGACCAAUGUGAAUCUCGUGCUGCUACAAAAUAUCCUCGACUUUUCGUGGGUUACGAUCGUUUACGUCAUCGGGGGAUUCGUUAUCGCUUAUAACGGAGACUCGGGAGGUCUGAUCGGACAGGGCCAAUGGAUCGGUGACGAAAACUGUAUCGACAAGAAAGAAAUUCUUGUCGGAUGGCAAGCGACGGUCGUCGCAUCAGCCAUUUACACGUGUUGCUUCGUCGGACGAACUCACGUGCUCGCCUACCUUUUAAUCGGUUUCAUCGUUUCCGGCAUCGUUCAACCUUUCGCCAUCCACUGGGCCUGGAACCCUCAAGGAUGGAUGGCUAAAAACAAUUUUAUCGGAUACGACGUUGUCUUUCUCGAUUACGGAGGUUCUGCCAUUGUUCACGUCGUUGGAAGUCUCACCGGUUGUGUCGGAUGCGUUAUACUCGGCAGAAGAAUUAUUAGACUCAGGGAUAUCGAUGACGCGAGCAUUCCAACUGAUUCAGCCGGCACAGCACUCGCCGGCUACUUUUUUAUACUCCUCGGCCUUCAGAGUCUCUGCUUAUCGAGCACCGAUCCGGAUAAUCCAAGAGCAUCGAGAAAGGAAAUGUCGAUGAUUAUUGUGAAUAAUCUUCUCGGUGCUUCCUCGAGCAGUCUCGUCGUCGUUGCCCUCCAUUUUAUUCUGGGCAAAGAACCAUUCAAUUACUGGACAGUAAUGAGAUGCGUUCAGGCUUCGAUCGCUGGUACAAUCGCAGUUUCGGGCGGCGUUCACUUUUACGAGCCUUUAUUGUGCCUCGGCCUCGGCUGUUCCAGCGGCAUUAUUUAUUACCUCGUUUCGAAACGAGUUUUUCAAAGUGCCCUCGAGGAUUAUUGCAACGUCAUUGCGACCCAUCUCUUCUCCUCCCUCGUCGCAAGCUUGCUCACUCCUCUGGCUCACGUCACUCCAGAAAGCCUCAAAAAUCCGAUCCUCAUCCUCGUCAAUUUUACUUGGCACGUCAUUUGUCUCAUUGCCAUUGUCGCCCUGGUUACCGUCCCGGUCGCGCUGCUGCUUGGCUUUCUCGAGUGUCUUGGACUCUUGCGAAACAGAUCCGAAAUCAUCAAUCAUUUGAGGGCCAUCGUUGCUAAGGAGCGAGGACCUCCCAGAUCACGCAUGCAGAGGCUUUUUCUUCCGGAAGGAGAAAUUCUCUACCUCCAACCGUGCACGGCUCGAGUUCGUCAGAACGUCGAUCAGGCGAAUCCCCGAUUUUCGAAUCGCACGCGCCCGAAGAUUCAAAUCCACGAGCCCCGCGAGCCUCUCUACGGGAUCCGAAAGGCCGCGAAAUCUCAAGUUUUCUUUUCGACCUCGAGCCCGAGCCUCGCGGCUCGCUCGACGAGGCUGAAAAAGUCACGACAAGUUCACACUCUUAGGUCCAACAGUGAAAUUACCUUUGUCCAAGCAAAAGGUAACCACGGAGCCAUGGGGGACGAGCAGAGAGCUGACGACGAGGAGAGAAUCAGUAACGCGGACGCGGAUUCAAGCGUCGUUGAAAGAAUAUCAGGAAUCGAGUGCUCCGGAGACUCGUCGAUCGCGGAACUUGGGAAAAUUCACGGAAACCCUUUGAUCGACGAGCUGAGCGAUUUGGGCUCUGCCGAAAUGAAAAAGGACGUAACGAGAAUUGGAAAUUAUUCUCCGAAGAGUUUCAAGCGCCGAAGCGAAUCUUUCAGGCUCCGCAGGACCCAAAAGAGUACGAAUUUGCGAUUGGAUGCUAUAAACGAGAAGGACCCGAGUGUGAAAUUUCUCGUGAGGCCGAACGUGCGAAGUUUUUCGAGCACUGAAUCCGACAGCGAGAGUGAAACGUUCGAGACAAGUAGGAAUAAAUGUUUGAGAAACUCGGUACAGUCAUUUCCACUCGGAUUGAUGGGGAGAAGCAUCGGGCUCACGGACAUUCGCUCCUGAUCGAGCGAAUUUUUCCUCGCUCCUUGCAAAAUCCUUCGAUCUUUAUUUUUUGAAGUAUUUUCUUUUAUUAUAACUUAUCGCCUAUCCGUACAGUUAUUACAGUAUUUUACAAUCCACGCGAUGAUAAGUUAACAAUGAAACGGCGUCAACGAAAGUCGUGUGUAGUCGAAACGAAGAUGAAAGAACGAAAAAAAUGUCAAAGAAUUGAGUAAGCUGAUUGAAAAGCUGGAAAAGUGUGAAUAAAAGCGUUUUUCCACAACA